GGACUCCUCCUGAUCCAAAAUCCAGUAUAAAACCUUGCUUAAGGGUACAAUCACAUUACCUCUGCUAGAAGAAGUUACAGAACUAUGGAAAGACACAGAUCAAACUAUACUCCAAAAGCAAUAUUGUUUCAUCAUCUUGUACCAUUGUUCUUCUUCUUCUUUUCUCUGCUCGAGUGUUUUGUUGCAGAAGAGCCAGUUGGGUAUGGAUAUAGAGUGGAGUCUGUGAACUCUGAUCCCUCUGGGAAGACAGUGACAGCUAGUCUUGGCCUGAUCAACAGCUCCUUGGUCUAUGGACCUGACAUCCCAAAUCUCAAGCUUUAUGCCAGCUAUGAGACCAAGGAAAGACUAAGAAUUCGAAUAAUAGACUCGGAUAACCAAAGAUGGGAAAUCCCACAAGACAUCCUCCCCCACCAAACUCCACAAACAUCCCACCAUUCCAUCUCCGAAAACGACUUCAUUUUCACCCUCCAUAACACCACCCCCUUCGGCUUCACCGUCACCCGCCGCUCCUCCUCCGAAGUCGUUUUCGACACCACCCCAAACCCCUCCGACCCUUCCUCUAUCUUUGUCUUCAAGGACCAGUACAUCCAGCUUUCCUCGUCUCUCCCGGAAACCCGGUCCUCCCUCUACGGCCUAGGAGAACACACCAAACCCUCCUUCAAACUCCAACCCAAUCAGACUCUCACACUCUGGACUGCCGACAUUGGCAGCGCCAACCCCGACGUCAACCUCUAUGGGUCCCACCCCUUCUACAUGGACGUCAGGUCGCCGUCCGGCGACAAUGGAAAAGUUACAGCGGGAGCUACUCAUGGAGUGUUACUGUUGAAUAGUAAUGGCAUGGAUGUAAAUUAUGGCGGUGACAGGGUUACUUAUAAGGUGAUUGGUGGAGUUGUUGACUUGUAUUUCUUCUCCGGUCCGACGCCGGAAUUGGUGAUGGAGCAGUACACGGAGCUCAUUGGCCGACCUGCCCCCAUGCCCUACUGGUCUUUUGGAUUUCACCAGUGUAGAUAUGGUUACAAGGAUGUUGCUGAUCUUGAAGGAGUGGUUGCUGGUUAUGCAAAUGCUAGGAUCCCUCUUGAAGUUAUGUGGACUGACAUUGACUACAUGGAUGCUUACAAGGAUUUCACUCUUGAUCCCAUCAACUUUCCAUUGGAUAAGAUGCAGAACUUCACAAACACCCUCCACCAAAAUGGCCAGAAAUAUGUGCUCAUCUUGGACCCUGGUAUUAGCAUAAAUGAGAGCUAUGCAACUUACAUCAGAGGGAAGGCAGCAGAUAUAUACAUAAAACGUGAUGGCAUUCCUUACCAGGGAAAUGUAUGGCCUGGUGAUGUUUACUAUCCUGACUUUGUACAUCCACAAAGUGAACAAUUUUGGGCUAAUGAGAUCAAACUAUUUCAAGACCAACUACCUUUUGAUGGUCUCUGGCUUGAUAUGAAUGAGGUAUCCAAUUUUAUAACAUCUCCACCCACUUUGAAUUCCACACUUGAUGAUCCACCUUACAAAAUUAAUGAUUCCGGAGUCCAGCGUCCGAUCAUUAGUAAGACUGUUCCGGCAUCAGCUCUACACUUUGGUAAUUUAACAGAGUAUAAUGUGCAUAACCUUUAUGGAUUCUUGGAAUCUAGAGCAACACAUCAGGGGUUGAUCAAUGUUACUGGUAAGAGACCAUUUAUACUUACCAGAUCAACCUUUGUGAGCUCUGGUAAGUACGCUGCACACUGGACUGGAGACAAUGCAGCAAGAUGGAGUGACUUGGCAUACACAAUUCCAGGCAUUUUGAAUUUUGGAAUCUUUGGAGUUCCAAUGGUUGGAGCUGAUAUAUGUGGUUUCUCUUUGAAUACUACUGAAGAACUCUGCCGGAGAUGGAUUCAGCUAGGGGCCUUUUACCCCUUUUCAAGAGAUCAUUCAGAGAAGUUUACGAUCCGCCAAGAGCUCUAUGUUUGGGAUUCAGUGGCUGCAUCAGCAAGGAAGGUACUAGGCCUCCGUUACAGGUUGCUCCCCUUGUUCUACACAUCAAUGUAUCAAGCACACAAAAAAGGGACUCCCAUAGCGAGGCCUCUUUUCUUCUCAUUUCCUGAAGAUACCAAUACAUACGACAUCAGUUCACAGUUCUUGAUUGGUAGAGGUGUAAUGGUGUCACCUGUGUUGCAGCAAGGAGCAAAUUCAGUUGAUGCAUAUUUUCCUACUGGAAACUGGUUUGAUCUCUUUAACUACUCGAGAUCAGUUAGUGUACACUCCGGAGAGUAUGUUACAUUAGACGCACCGCCUGAUCAUAUCAAUGUACAUAUCCGUGAAGGAAACAUUCUGGCCUUGCAAGGAGAGGCCUUGACAACACAAGCAGCUCGAAAGACUGCAUUCGAACUUUUGGUGGUCAUUAGUAGUAGCGGAGAGAGCAGUGGAGAAGUAUUCUUGGAUGAUGGAGAGGAAGUCGAAAUGGGAGGAGAGGGAGGGAAGUGGAGUGUAGUGAAAUUCUAUUGUGGAGCAGCAAAUGGAAGUGUAUUUUUGAGAUCAAUGCUUGAAAAUGGAGGGUUUGCAUUGAGCCAAAAAUGGAUCAUAGAUAAAAUUACCCUCAUUGGGUUGGAAAACGUUGAUGGAUUAGAAGGGUUUGCAGUCAACAUUACUGAAGGAACAAAUUUGAAAGGAAAGUCGGUUGUCAAGGCCAACUUUCACAGUGAUAAGCGUUUUUUCAUGGUAGAAAUAUCCAGUGUCUCCAUUCUUAUAGGAAAAGAGUUUGAGUUGGAGCUGAGGCUAAAGCAUGACACCGGUGAAGACACUCUUUAAGAGAACUAUUAG